AUGACUACCAGGAAUUUUCAAUGGUUCAAGAAGAGCUUAAAUCACUUGAAGCACACUUACAUCUACUAUGAUUUGAAAACAACAGAUGAAAUCCAAAGAAAACCUGGUUUAUACUCUCAAAUCUUCUGCAUACCCAACAAAUAUUUGGCCUCAACAUUCUUGCUGCUUGAUAUACCAGGUGAUGAAAUCGUCGUUAAAGUUUUUGACCCUGGUUACUACUUUAUUUCGAAUUGGAGUUAUAAGUAUCAGUACGAUGAUGUUCGUUACAAUAUUCAACAAUAUUUUGAGAAUGAUAUCGAAUACUACCAAAAGGUAAACGACUUUAACCAAAGUCACAGAUGCAAAAUCGACACGCUUUCGGGUUUCAAUGCAGGGUUUUGUUCUUUCUGGAGAGAUCAGUCAAAACCAAAAGAUUCAAACAACUAUAUUGCAUCAGGUUUGACUAUAUUCAUGCCAAAGUUGACAAAGAAGCCGAAGACACAGGAGGAUUAUUUAAAGGGUUUAAAGGGAUUGAUCACCAUGGAGAACGCUGGUUUAGCCGAUUUUGCUGUCAACUACGAAAAUAUGUUUAUGGAUAAGGGAAAGUUUAUAUUUUCCAACUAUAGUUCACCAUCAACUAGACCUAGUUCAGCUGAAAGUGAUGAUAGUCAAGAACUUGAAAGUUUACAAACACAGAAGAUCAUCGAGUUUGCCGGAAUAUGGCGUAAGAAGGAUCCUGAGUAUCUGAAUAUUAUUGCUAAAGAAAGUGUAAACCUCUUCGAAGAAGAAAUUCAAAGAGAAAUCACAGAAUCUCAACAAAGCAGGAUGGUGACAAUACCUAUCAUAAACAGAGAAAAACUGCAUAGUUCGUAAACGGUGCAGUAUUAGCUAUAUAUAGUUGAUGUACGUAAAAUAACAAGAGGGUAUAAAUGGUAUAGGCCAGCAGCUGUAAGCAAUUAAACAGGAUAUAUGGCAGUCUAGAUUUGUACUAACUGGCCCCACUAAACUACCGCUUAUUUCUGCAAUAGCGAGCAGUUAAGUUUGAACCAAAUAAGAUACCGCGGGCGUGCGAAGGUCGGACACGGGUACUUGAUUUUGAUUUAGUUGCACGAGUAGCGAAGCCGUUCAACCUCCACGAGACCGACAUGUCAUGUACGUUCACAUGUUAUAUCACACGUGCAUAGCCACGCCCGUGGUGUAACAUAUUCCCGAGUUCCCGCUCGCACCGGCACCGGCAGAGGGCGAUAAAGAAUAAUCAAUUU